AAGUAACUAAACCACAAAAGCGUAAAUUAAUAAAAUAAGUAAUUUUUGUUGUUGUUCUAGAAUUAGAUGAUUUUUACACCGAACUGGUGAAUAUAUACUAGACAUACAUUUAUAUUUCGAAUCUGCACUUAUAUUUUAUAACAGUUUGAUAUAUUAGAUUUGAACACUAAUAUGUGAAUAUAGUGCCAAUGAGUUUCUUCAAAAAUUUGAUUCUUAGAUAUGUAUCUGGAGUAGAAAUAUUUUUUACAAAUGUCUAUUUUUUUUAAAUUGACAUUUCUGUAAUUCAUUGAAUGCAUAUAAGAAGUUAAAAAAAAACCAAACUCAUAUCAGUGAAAUAUAAACGAAAAUGAAAACAUAAUUUUAUAGAGGUGAAAAAUAAAAUUACUUAUAGAGAAUCAAUUGUAAACAAAUCGAGAGUAGAAAACCUAAUCCCCUUUCGUUAUUUUACAAUCGAUGUUGCCUAUCUGGUUUUUGUGAUUUUUGUCAGCGGAAAACUUAAUUUUAUUUUAUGCAAAAAAUAAUUAAAAUAAGUUAUAAUUAUCUCUUCAGCAACGAUGAUACAUUUAAGAGACCAACAUUUGUAUUCGUCAUUUUAAAAUCGAUAAAAAAUUUAGUUUUUCGAAAUGUUAAAACCAUUUAAUUUUAAUGAACAUACAUUAAUAUAAAAAAUUCACAUCGCGCUAGUGUAAAUGAUAACAGAAAACUAGAUUAGGUUGGAAGACCAAAGAUAUGUAUGUAGUAGUAUGUUCUAGUUGUACGUAACCAAAAAAAAAAAAGUUGUACGUAAUCAAUAGAAAAGUCAACGAACAAUGACGACCAGUCGACCACAUGUGUCUGAUAUUAUUAACUAAACGUGACAAUAUGAAUUUAAUUGGACCUUAAGGACAUUGACCUCAACUUAACCGUACUGUACGAAGUAAUAUUGACUUGAGAAUGCACACAUUGGAUUAUGUUCAAUUACAAAAUGUCCCAGAAUUGCAUAGUGGAUCCAAGUACAAUUAGCCUUAAUGAGCUAACAAUUAGGCCCAUAUCUAGAUGCAAUUUUAUAUUCAGAUGACCUUCUUCCGACCAAAACCGAACACUUUAUAAAUUCUCCACCGCUCUUUUCACUCGAGGUCAGCCCUCUCGGCAGAUAUCUCUUAGAGCUUACUUUAGUGCGUAAGUUCUCUUGUUGGUUCCUUUUCAAUCUAAUAAAGAGAGAUUGGUAUAUAUAUAUAUAUAUUUCGUCAUCAUCUUCUUUGUAGCCUGUUUAGGGUUUUCGCCGUGGUAACAUAUCAAUUUUCUAUAGUUCUUAUAUCCAUCUGCAGUUUCUCAUGAUCUUAAGCUUAGUUUGUUUGUAAGUAGACAUAUAUGUCCUUUACCCAAUUUUUCUAUCAUUAUUAUAUCAUCUUUUUGUUCCUCUCGAUUCGACCUUGGAUUUUGAGGAUUGGUAUAACUUUUACCUACAGUUUUUGUCAUGAUUUUUGUUCUUAUUUUAUCUUUUGAAAUUCUUGCUUUUAAUCGCUUUGGAAGAUCUUUUGUGUUAUGCUGAAAUAUAUGGGGUGGAUUUAUGUCAUAUUGUGUUACAUAUGUUAUUUCUAUUAGGGUUUAUGUUCUUGUUUUUUUUUUUGCUUAAACUUUUUAUGUUCUUGUUUGUUAUCUAUUUUCCGUUUAAUGUUUGCAUUGGUUGUUUUACAUUUUGUUUUUACCUUUUCAGAAUGAUAACUGCAUUUUCAUGGGUACCAAAAGGGGUUGCAAAGGCCAUACCUGAUCGUGCUGAACUUCCUUCUAAGGAGGAAAUCGAAAAGCUCAAAGAGACUUGUGAUCAAGUUUACAGUGAGGAUGAAGAAGACAAUACUGAGGAUGAAAAAGAGAAUGGUGAAGUUGCUCACGCGAAAACAGUAGCAGAAGCUUUUGGAAAAUCUUCUAGUAUCAAGAAUGCUUCUUCUUCAAUUGAGGUUGAUGACUUAAAUGAUGAUUUUAUGAAAGAACUCGACAUGGAUAAUUACGAUGAAGAAGAUGAUAGAAUUGAAAUUUUUAGCUCCGGGAAUGGAGGUCUUUAUUAUGCAAGCAAUAAGAUGGAUCCACAUCUCAUGAAUCAUGAUGAUAGUGAUGACUCAGAUGAAGAUGAGGACCAGACAGUCUUAACAACCAAGUCAAUGAUUGUCUGCGCUAAGACCGACGACAAUGAUGCUAGCUAUCUUGAUGUUUGUGUAUGCGAGGAAACAUCGAAUGGUUACCCAAAUAUUUAUAGUCGUGGUAGAUUUGAAUUGCCAACAGCUCCGUUGUGUACUGCUUGGUUUGAUUGUCCACUUAAAGGAGGAGAAAAAGGAAAUUUCUUAGCUGUUGGUUUGUAUAAGAAGCCCAUGAUAGAGAUAUGGGAUCUUGACGUUAAAGACGAGGUGUUACCUUGUGUACAAUUAGGAGGAAAAGAGAAAGGGAAUUACAAAGAAGGUAGCCACACUAGAUCAGUUCUUGGUCUUGCUUGGAAUAAAGAGAUUCGAAACACUCUUGCUAGUUCUAGUGCUGACAAAAAGGUUAAAGUUUGGGAUAUGGCUACUGAAAAAUGUAUGAUUACUAUGGAGCAUCACACGAAGAAGGUUCAAGCGGUUGCUUGGAAUCAUUAUGCUCCAGAAGUGCUUCUUAGUGGGUCGUUUGACCAGACUGUUGUAUUGAAAGACGGAAGAAAGCCUUCACACUCGGGUUUCAAAUGGUCAGUCAUGUCCAAAGUAGAAAGCUUGGCCUGGGAUCCACACAGUGAACAUUCCUUUGUGGUAAGUCUUAAAAAUGGAACUGUAAAGGGUUUCGAUGUACGUCAAGCCUCAAAUUCAGCGUCUGAUUUAAAACCAAGUUUCACUCUCCAAGCACAUCACAAACCAGCCACCUGCAUCUCAUACAACAUUUCAGCGCCUAAUCUUUUGGCAACGGGAUCUAUGGAUAAAACGGUCAAGCUUUGGGAUCUUUCAGACAACAAGCCUUCAUGCAUUGCUUCUCACAUACCAAACGCUGGAAGCUUAUUUUCCAUUGAUUUCUCUCCGGAUAACCCUUUCUUGCUCGCUAUCGGCGGCACAAGGGGGGAUCUAAAAGUUUGGGACACACUUUCUGACACAAAUGUCUCCCGUAGAUACGGAAGCAGCCGAGCCCGACCAUAAUAGUCUUAGUCAAGCUGUGAUUGGUCUUAGAUUCGAACACACUUAACCCAAAUUUGCUUUGGUUUUAUUUUUCAUGUAGCAUAAUAGCUAUUAUG